AUGAGUGAACCCACCAGCCCUUGCAAAGAGACCAUGAGGGAGAAGGUCUUGCGGUACGCGGAGGACACUGUCAGGGAGCUCAUGCACGAACGUUUGGCUGAGGAAAACGCUAACCGAGUAUCCGAUGACCCCCUCUCCAAGGACGAACCGAAGGAGAACAAGGAGGCGAUGGGGGAAGAUGGUGCAUCCAAGCCCAUUGAGGCGGAAGUCGAUAAUAACCCUGCGGUAUCGCGUUGCCUUGUGUAUUGCCGUAUGCGCCCCCCGAACAAGUCCGACUUCACAGACAACGGCACUCAGAUCGUGAAAAUGCAGGAUAAGAAUCGUGUGGUUGUGAGGGACGAGUGGUACUACGACUAUGACGGGACCUUUGAUAAAGACAGCUCACAGGAGGAUAUCUUCCAGGCAAUCGCCGUGCCCUGCAUCCAGCAUGCCUUUAAGGGGUUCUGCUCCGCUUUGAUGUGCUACGGACAGACCGGGACGGGCAAGACUUUCACCAUGUGCAAUACAGACCCUGCCAAUGAGGGCGUUAUCCCCCGUGCGGCUCGCUACAUUUACAACACGAUUGAGGAGAAGUCGGCGGCCGAUAACCGCUGCUAUACUGUCAUUGGCCAAUUCGUACAGAUUUACCGGGAUCACCUUGGUGACUUGAUGUCCAGCAAUGGCAAGGAACGCGUGGAAAUUCGUUUUGACGCCGAUGAGGGAGUUUCUCUGACAGGUUGCUCCUUGCACACCCUUCGCAACGCGAAGGAGUUCAUGCGUUUCUAUAACGAAGGAAACUCUCGGCGGGUUGUCAUGGCGACUGCGAUGAACCCCGAAUCCAGCCGCGGCCACACGGCGAUGGUGAUCUGGAUCAUGUCAGAAUCCCCUGACGAUCCGGAGGCGGGCAAGAUGAAGGGUAAGAUUACCUUUAUCGACCUCGCCGGCUAUGAGCGCUUCAGCAAGACCGGCAUCACCAACUCCAACCCCAUCAUGAAGGACGAGGCCAAGACCAUCAACGCUUCACUUCUCGCUCUUGGCCACGUCGUCAGUGCUCUUUCUUCUGGCGGCAAGCACAUCCCUUGGCGAAACUCAAAGCUUACACGUAUUUUGCAGGACUCCAUCGGCGGCCGCAGUCGUACCUCGAUCAUUUUAACCGUUGGCCCCAGCAGCAAUCACCUCCAUGAGACUACGAAUACAUUGCAGUUCGGCCUGCGUUCAAUGGCUGUGAAGGUCUUCACGAAGGUGGCGGUGGCGGUAGACUACCAGAAAUUGGCACGUAAGCUUACGGCGAUGCUCAACGAGCGUGACGAGCGUAUCAAUGUACUUGAGCUGCAGAUCGCCAGCCGCGAUGCGGAACGCCAGGAGUUGAUGGUGCGCUAUCAGGAGGAUCGCACGGCUCUCGAGGAGCGCUUCGCACGGGAUCUCGAGCGCCUGACGACGACUGGUGCAAGUGAGGAGCAGAUAAGUAAGCUGAAAGAGGUUUACCGUGUCGAAAUCCAGAACUUGCAGGAGCAGCAGGCUGAGGAGCUUAACUACCAGGAGGAGAUUCAUUCGAAGGAGCUUGCGGAGCUCCUCAAUGAGCAGAAGCACCGCGAGGCCAAGAACUUGAGCGCAAUGAAGAUUACUCAGCAGAACCUGAUGGAGGAGUUCCAGCGCAAACUUGAAGCGGCCCGUGGAGAUAACAAUGAGGAUCUUGUGAAGACACUCCAGAUGCUUUCUGAGAAGGACCAGGCUCUGGCGUCUCGCGCUAACGAAAUCGCCCGCUUACAUACUCAUAUCGAGGCUUUGAAUGCCCAGCUUGGAGAACUCGGUGUGGAGCCGGUGCGCGAGUUUGAUGAAUCAGAGUUCCCCGAGUCCUUUAUGGAUGUUAGCCAGGUGGAGGAAAUGAAGAACCGCCUCACUGCCGAUGUUGAUCGUUUGCAUAACAAACUUGUAGAUGUUCAAGCGCAGCUUGACCGGAUGACUUUGUUAUGUGAUGACUGCAAGUCCGAGAUUCAAGACUUGUCAGAUGAAAAUCAAAAACUUCGUGAAGAGCUUGAAAAGGUUGGUGCUCAGCCAUUAGACUCCGCCAGAGGAACGCGGUCACAUCGCGCCAAACGGGAUGAUCUCAUCGACGCCUCCGAACUUGAGUCGCUGCGGCUUCGCAUGCAGGCGGAUAUCGACGAAGCCAUUAGCGAGCGCAAUGCCCUGAAAAGCGAACUUGAGCACUACAAGGAGCGUUCCAAGGGUUUCGGUUCGACCUGGUCCAAGCAAUUUAUUUCGACCCAAACAGCCUUGGGUGAAGGUCUUCUGGGCGCCACGAUUGGUCAGGAUCAGUUGCUUGAUAGCACAGUCGCGAAUGUUGCCCAGAUGAACGAGAAGGGGGUUGGAGCGGUUUCUUCGGUGAAUGCAUACCGCACGAUCAUCAAGAAACUUACUCUGCAGCUUUCAGAGAGCCGCCUCCGGGAGGCCACCCUGCAGGACCGUAUUCAGUCUUUGCAAGGAGAUUCGGCAGCACGCACCGUCACCAUUGCCCCAUCCCUGACUAACGGUAUGACGAAGGGUGAACACUUUGCCGCGACUUUCACAGCGAACUCGAGUGAGACUAAGCACGUCGAUUCUGCUGAACGCGACGCAGAGUGGUGGUCGGAUCUUUCUUCGUUGGUGCAACGGGAGCGCCCCGAUAUAGCCUCAAUAGUGUUUGCAAAGGAAGCCGAAUUGAGGACCCAGGAGGAGCUGAUUAUGGAACAGGAGAGGCGCAUCACCCAACUUUGUGCUGCGCACAAAUACAACCAGACAUGUAUUCAGUCUCUGAAGUCGCAGCUGAUGGAGUGUGGGUGCAGCUCUACAGAGCCCCCUGCAGGGCCUCAACCCGUGGAAUCCCUCCCGCGUGAUGAUUACAUCGCACUGCUGCGAGAGGUGCGGCAUAUCAACCGGAAACUAAUUAUUCGACUGCUCCAGCAAACAGGUAAGUCUGUGAAUGGCACGGUCCCUAUCAACGGAAACGCCAAUGGGACGGCCGCAGACGGCGCGGAAUCUGGUGAGUCUGUCAAACUGGAGGAAAUCUUAGGGGAUAAGGACACUCAGCUAAACAACAAGGACAAGCUUUUGGUGGAGAAAUCCACAAUGCUGCAGUACAUCGCGAAGGUCGGAACGCGACUUAUGAACCAGAUUGAAAGCCUUGGAGUCGCACCCUGCAGCAGGAUCCCUGAGUCCUACGCGGAAUUGGCUAAGGGCGAGCUGGCCGAGCUCGAAAUGCACGUUCAACAGCAACGAGAACUUGAAGAAAGGUUGAAACGCGAACGUGAGGAAAAGUUGAAGCUGAACAAUCUUCUACAUGCUUUUAAUGCGGAGCGUGAGCACCAGGCCUUGAUUAUUCGUCAGGUCGAAUGCAAAAACAAAGAACUGAUGUCGCGCGAAAGCCGUGCAACCCAGGCCAUUAAGCAACUGUCAACUGUGAAGACGCAAAGGGAAAAGAUGCUCGAGGAGGCUGCCCGUCGUGCGACGCGCGAGCUGGUCGAUAUGCAGAUUCGACUUGCACAGAAGGAGGAGGCACGACGAAUUGGUUUCCUGAAGCGCAUCUGGGCCCAUUUUCCUCUGUAG